GACCUCCCCCUUCAUCUCGGCGGCACUAAUCACCCCCCAUACCGAAACGCGCAUCAUCGCUGCUGAUGUGGAAUUUCCCCCUUCUUUAUGCCGUUUAAAAGCCCGGCACUGAAGCCCCCGCACCGAGGCACCGUUCAUCUCAACGAUGUAGCGUCCUGCGCAGGCGAGAGGACCAAACGCGAGGGCAGGAGUUGCAUGUGUUGUCAAUGGGAAACCUGGUGGGCAGCUGGCGUUUCAAGGAGCCGAGCACCGUUGAGGAAUGCGACUCGACGUGGGGAUCGGACUCGGAGAGCGAUGAGCCGACGGCUGAGGACGACAGCGGCAUUUCCGACUCCGUCAGCCCGGCGGAGAGCGAGCGGGCCGCGGGACACAGCGGGGACGCUGCCCUGCAGCUGACUGACUCCCCAGAGUCCGCUCCGAAGAUGAAGAGGAGUUUUUACGCCGCCAGGGAUCUCUACAAAUAUCGUCACAGCUACCCGAACUUUAGAAAGUCCCGGCAGCCCACCGAAUAUCGAAAUCUGCGCUUCUACAUGAACAAGAUCCCCCUGGUGCCCGAUGGUAUUUACAUCGAGGAGAUUCUUUCAAAGUGGAGAGGCGACUACGACAAACUGGAGCACAAUCACACCUACAUUCAGUGGCUGUUCCCAUUAAGAGAACAAGGGCUCAACUUCUACGCACACGAACUGACUCAGGAGGAGAUCAAAGAAUUCCAAAGCACUCGGGAAGCAAAGCGGAGGUUCCUGGCGGCCUAUUCCAUAAUGCUGGAUUUUUACGGCGUCAAACUGCUAGAUAAAAGCGGCAACGUCGCUCGGGCCCCCAACUGGCAGGAACGCUUCCAGCACCUUAAUGAAUCCCACCACAACUACCUGAGGAUCACCCGCAUCCUGAAGUCCCUCGGUGAGCUCGGCUACGAGGCGUUCAAGGCCCCGCUGGUUCGCCUCUUCCUGGAGGAGUCGCUGUGCAGCGGCAUGCUUCCCAACAUGCAGCACAGCGUGCUGGAGUACUUCGUCUACACCAUCCGCCUGCCGGCCACGCGGCGGCGCCUGCUUCGAUUUGCUCGCAAGCACUACAGGCCCGCCCACGCCUUCCUCUGGGGGCCUCCGUCUAAGAAGGGAGCCUGCAGCGGCGGCGGUGGCGGCGGUGGGAGCAGCGGGAUCAGAGCUCCUGCUCCCACACCGGAGCACCACAGGAGGGGGGAGGAGAACACAGCAAGUAGCCGGAUCAACGUGUCUUCCCAUGCUGCCAUAAUGUGCCAGGACCUGGUCGGAGGAGGGAUGAAGGGCUUCCCGGACCUCGGUUCUUAUGAGGCCGGGUUGCCGGGGGAGCUGAUGCUCGUUAGCGGGAGAAGAGAGAGGAGUGAGUUCAGCUAGGAUUCUUCCUUCUGAGAGGAAACUGCAAAAACUCAAAACAUUACCUGGUUUCUACUGAAAAUAUCGGGGGUGCAACAAUUGCAGUUUUCUGGCCAUUCGCCGAUUUCAGAUCUUUUAAAAAGCCUACCCUGCCGAUUCCUAUUUUGGCUGAUUUGUUUUUCUGAAAUGUUGCUAAAUAUAGCAAGAGGGAAAGUCACAAAGUUAGUAACAGUGACUGUUGUAAACGGUCUGUCUGUCUAAGAUGUUUUGACCUUUGCCAAGGAAGAUGAGCUUGUCGGAUAAGAUCAGCUGCACAUGAGAAAAUCGGCCGAUCAACGAUCUCCCAAAAAUAAGGAAAUCAAAACCAAUAAAUCGGCUGGCUGAUAAUUCGGUGCACCCCUAGAAAAUAUCUUAGUAAACGUGAAAUAAGACAAAACUCAACAUUUUCCAGCAGGAUAAAUGAGCUUGUUUUAAGUAAAUGAUAUUGAUUUAAAGAAAACUACCUGGCAGAUUUUUCACUUAUUAAAUGGGAAAAUUGUUUUGUUAUAAGUUAAAUAAUCUCCCAGUAAAAAAAAAAGGAACAUUAACAUAUUAUUGACUUAAAUCAAGCUCCUACAUCUUGCUGUAAAGCUACUUUUAAGUUUUUCUGUCUUAUUUCAAUUGUACUAAGAUAUUUCCAUUAGAAACUAGAUCAAAAUACUAGAUGAUUUUUUUUGUGUUUUUGCAGAUACUCAAACCCAGGAAGACAUCAAUGAAACAUUGUAAUUAAUAAACAUGGGAUUAAAAUCAAUUCAGGUUAAGGGCUUAGAAAUUAAUUGCAAAACUGAUUACACAUAUUUAGGAUUCUAAUGUAUUUUUUUAUUUAGCUUCUAAUUACUUUUCAAAAUCAUUCAAACCAGUAGAGACAAUAUAUUACUUUUGUCUAAAGGUCUGUACUUUUAAUAAAAGAAGCAAAGGGGGAGAUGUUUGCCUUACAUACUGAUUUACUCUGAAGCUAAUGUGGGAAGGCAAAUAUUGUUAAAUAGACAAAUGAACACAGUUUUGUUUGUGCGUCUACAUCUUGGGGGGGGGAAGACGAGCAAUACUUUGAAAACGUUUUUUAGAUUGACCUAAGAGCAUCAUUUCUGUUGAUAUCAGAUAAAACUGUAUCUACUCUGUGAUUUUUACUGUUUCAGCUGAAAAGGAAAGAGAAAAACGAACCUUUGAGUUGCGAUAAAAAAGAAAAAAAUUAAAGAACUGAAAGGCUUUUGGUGGCAUACAGACUGUAGUCACACGUCUGAAAUGUAAUUCUGUCUUUGUCAGGUUCUAAAUUAAAUCUAACCUCAAGCGUAUGAACACAUUUAAUGAAAAUAUUUCAGACAUAAAACAGUUUAUAAAUAAUUUGCAUCUCUACUUUAUUGUCCUCCCUGGUCCAGAUGUGUAAAACCCUCUUGUAUAAAUAUUUUUUUUAAUUGCAGAAGCAUAAUAUCACACUUAAAUAUGUAGAAGAAUCUAACGUAUGUGCGUACCUUCAGGGAUCUUUUUGCUUUUUAACAAUGUUUUUUUUUAGAUUUUCACAGAUAAAGGUUAAUUAUGCGUCUGCUGAACUAUUUUCUCUGUUGCUUUUUCCAAAUGUUUUGGAAAAUUUUCAAGUCUUCUGGCAGCUCCCAUCAGGAUUUUCUUGAAGAUGUUCUGGUGCGUCAUCACUGCAUACACGGUAGCUUUCCAAGGCUUUUUAAAUAAAAACCAGGCCCACAGCAUUACGGGUCCUCCACCGUAAUUGACAAUGAGUGUGAGGGGAUUUUCCAGACGUCUGCCCCCUCUUUCACGAAGUGUUUGUUGCAGGAAAAACUCCACCUUCAUCUCGUCUGACUAAAAUCAAACAAUUUCCAGUUGAAGUCCCCCAGUAGCAAAUAGCAAAAGUUUGCAUUUGUGAUGGUAGGAGAGAAAAGUUGUCUCUAAUUUUUUAAUAAGCUUUUGAUGAAAAACACAAGAAAACAUGUUUCUAGGAAAAUUCAAUGAGGCGCCAAGUUGAAUUUUUGCGCUCCUGCAAUAAAAAUGAGAUGAUUUAAACAUUUUUUACACAUCUCCAUCAAUGGUGAGGUUUAGUGUGCAGGAUUUAUUUAUUCAUUUGUGACUGAAAACAGAUUUCUUUAUCAGCCGCCACCGCCACAGGAUGUAUUGUCGUCCAUAAGCCUUUUGUUCUUGAAUCAAAAACAAAAAUGCAGUAAACAUGGAUUCUAACUGAAGUUAUUGUGGCUGAAACUUGUAUGUUUGAUGUUUUUGACAAUCUGUCUUCCUGAGGCGAUACACUGUAGGUUUCUCUGAGCUGCUGCGCAUCAUAAACACAACACCUGAUCAUCUUGUGUCGCCAUAAUUUACCUUAAUGUGAAAACGUGAACUCCAACCUCAUGCGUAGGUUUUUGAACAUGUUUUUAAGUCUGUGAAUUUGACUUUAAACAACUCUUUAGGGCUAAGUUUGAUGCUCUUUUUGCUCAAAUAAAUACAAAUUUUCAUUUAAUAAUUUUGCACAAAUAUUGUAAUAAUUUAAGGACAUAGGGUCAUAGCGGGAAAUGGUGAAGUUUUUCUCUUGGAGGCAGGUUUCGUGUAAUUAGUUGUAAUUAAUUAAAAAUUCUCUGCUUGCAAUAGAUAGAAAUCUGUGAAAUUAAAAGCCAUGCAAGGGUUAAGCAGUUCUUCCUGACUUAAUCAGAGUUUCUUCUUGCUGACAAGGUUUCAACAUCACUCUUCAGCCAAGUGCAUCUGAUAUAAUUGUAAAAGUACCUUUUCAGGUAGAUUGUAUGAUAACAUGGACUCAAGUAUGUUGACUUUUUGUGAAAUGAAUAUGUAAACAUACAGUAUUGUGUGUGUGUGUGCAGGUAUCUCUAAUAUUCUUAAGUGCCUCUUUUGUAUGUUUUAUUUAUACCUAUAAGCUGAGCGUAGUGUCUACACCGACUUCUUGUACAUUGUGAUUUUUUUGUACAGCAUUUUGAUAUUUAAGUUAUUGUUUGCUUUGUAAUCAUAUAUUCUAUGGGUAAUAAUGUACAGCAGGAAUAAACCUAUUAGGAAGAAUCACUAUAGAGGACAAGUUAUUCCAAAUAUUUGUAUCUGGCUUCUGCAAUAAAACGUGAUUGUUCUACAGAA